GCAGCAGAGUGUGGCGGCUACCACCCAGCGUGCUACGACGACGCAGAGGUUUCGUCUGGUCUAUGUAGCGGCAACUGCCUAUUCGACACGGAGACUCUCAAGUGGUAUGUUCACCCCCUAUUUCUCCAAUCUACGUUGAUGGUCGUCGAGGUUCAUCAGUACAUAUUGCCCGUCGCAUGCAACCGUAACACCUGACGAGGGGGUUUUUUUUAAUUUUUUUUAAUGUAUAGCACUGGCGCGGCCGGCCCCUACUGCAACAGCAUAUCAUUUUCGUCCAACAUUUGGGACUAUUUCUGCGCCGCAAGCCCCGGAUUUUACGCAGCCACCACGACUUAUCAUGGUCAAACGGAUGCCGAGGAGUGGGCUGAGAUUCCCGUCACCCUGAGCGAUACGGAGCCGAGCACCGAUCUGGACGUGAGUACUAGGGCCGACGCCACGGGCCCCACGCCCAGCGACACGGACGGCGACAACGGCGACGACGACGACGACGGCAACGACACUGGCAACGGCACAGGCGACGGCACAGGUGACGACAACGGCAAUAGUGGCGGUGACGACAGCGACAACGACAAUGACGACCAAGGCAAUAGUGACGAGGGCUCCUCGACACCUGUUGGUGCCAUCGUCGGCGGUGCCGUUGGCGGUGUCGCGGGGCUCGCCCUCAUCGGUGCCCUCAUCUGGUUCUUCUUCCGAAGGUCCAAGAAGAAUGACGCGCAAGCGCCACAACAAGAACAACAACAACCUCCCAUGCCGCCCCAGAUGCAACAGUCGGGCCCUCCUCAGGGCCCCUAUUCUCCUCCACCAGGCGUCGCCCCCAUGAUGCAACAACAGCAGCAUCCCGCCUCGCCAAAUCCGCAACAGCCCUACUACGACCCGACCAAGUUCGGCUACGUCCAGGGUCCCCAGCACACACCGUCCCCGGGACAGACUCCGGGGCACGAACCUCACGGGCAACCAGGAUACCAAUACGCGCCGACGCCGCCGGCACCGCAGCAGCAGCAGCAGCAGCAUGCGUAUUAUCCCGCAGCCGGCCUCGCGCCGCAGCAACCCGCGGACCGCAAUAGCGUCAGCCCGAGUUUCGUGUCGGCCGGCUCCAACCGCAUGAGCAAUAUCCCGCCCGUCAGCCCGGGGAGCACGAACCAAACGUACCCGGCUGUAGCGGCGGGUUCGCCCCCCGGACCGGGGCAGCAGACCAUCUAUGAGGCGGGGACCCAGUCGGAUCAUCAUCGGGGCCAGAUGCACGAAUUGGGGUGAUUGUCCCGUGUUCGUCUGGAGCUGCAUGGUCUGUGGUCCUAGCAUGGACGUGAAAAACAAAGAUAGUGUAGAUCUUUUGUUUUCAUCAUCUCAGCUGCAGAGUAGGCUGAUUUUAUUUUAUUUUCUAUUGCCUGGAAUCAGGCCACUGGACUUGGUUUUCUGGGGUUUCUUGUUUCUUCGCCUCCCCCCUUCGGUCGUUGUCACUUUCUUUGCACAUAAUGUGGGACACGUCUCAAGGUUAGACAUAAAAACCGAAAGGGAAUGUUUAUGGGAUAGCACCAGGUUCAGAAACUCCUUGGGUCUCUCAUUGUCAAUCAGGCAAUGUCGAAUAUACGCACUUCGUAGUAUGUUGACCAUGAUGGUUACUGAAGAGGUCGAAUUGCAGUCAUUGCUGAAUAUUCGCGUGAACAACUGAACGGAAC